CAAGCAAAGUCAAAGAGUUGCAAAAAGAUCCCAUAUGAGUAAUAAUCCACAGAGGUGUAUUGUGGUGACUUGUAAACAGUAAGAGAAAGAAUCAUUUCUUGUGACUCCAAAGUGACCUUUUGCGGAGCAUCGACGGAGAAGGAAAAAAACGCAAUCUUGUCCGAGGUAACGUCUUUCGUGAACUUCGGGGGCACUUGAAGUCAUUGAGUACGGAUAAUUUCGCAUUUAAUCACAAGCUAGAGAGAGUGUAGUCUGUGCUUCCUCAGAUCAUAGGGCUAUAAUUAGGUUGUGAAUGUAAUGAGAUGAACUAGGGAGGGGUUAACAAUCCGGGAUGAUGGUUUGGCUUAUCUUUUCCUGCACUUCCUUCUGGGAAGAAUGCCACGUGAUAGUGGAUCCUGGACACAUAGUGUGGGCAGAGAUUCUUCUAUGGGUAAAAUAACAGUGCCACAUCAUAGCCACGAAGUGACCAUCAUCAGCAAAAAACGUGGAGAUUACGUCAUUUUCAGCGCAUGAGAACUGUGCCAGCUGAAUGGCGUGAGACGUGGGCCCUUUUGACCCACUCGGCUCACUCGUAGCAGGCCCGAUGAGUCCCACCAAGACUCAUGUACCCCGAUACGGCCUCCAAUGGUAUCCAUUAUUAAUUCGAGGCCUUUAGAGGCACUUCCGGCGGGUUAUCGCACGACGCAAUUCUCUGCGCUGAUUGGGGCUUGUCUGGGUAGAAGUCAGUGGAUAGAGAAAUGAGGCAGAUGAAAGCCCCAACUGCAGGAGAAAUCAAAGUGUCUCGCUUGAGAGGCAAUCUAGCUUCUCAUUGGCAAAUUUUCUCUUUAAUUUAUUUUUUUAUGGAAAAUUGGUCACAAAUUACUCUAAAAAAAAUAUUUGCAUGAACUUGACCCUCCGCAAAUUGUUGAGUGAUAAAAUCAGUCUACAGAAAGAAACUGGUUAAAUUAUCCAAGCAAAUUACCCGUCACUUGGUGGAUAGUCAUCAGAUACCAUAAUUAUGAUGAUAUGAGCAAAGAGGUUUUAAAUUUUCAAAAGAAAAGCGAAUGAAAUCUUUCAGUAAAAUUUAGAUGAUCUCAUUUUAUGUUAUUGCAAAGAAGGAUUAGUUGAAUUAGGAAAUUCACUACAAUUUCAGGCGUUAGAACUAUUUGGCAUCUUCGUUCUCAGUACCAGAAAAAAACAGAAAAAAUAAUAAUUAGUUGAUGGAGUAAAACGAAAUUUUCAUUAAGUUCGCGAGUCCGGAGAAGUUGCUUUUCGAACGUGCAGUUCCAGUUCCACGCAGGCGUAAUGUGUGGUCACCAUCAGCUGACUUCUCGGAUUUAUCGUGCGAGUGACGCAAUACAGUGUUGGCUGAAUCACGGCUCUUGCUGCCGGUGUCCCCCAGUUUGCAUUCAUCACUCGCACAAGCAGUUUGUUCUUUGAAAAAUCUUUGAGGGAAGCGCCCAGUUCCCUCCUAUCAUAAAGUAUUCUCAGGUUUAAGGCGCAAAAGAGAGUGAAGAAAUAAGAAAUAUUAUAAAGUUUAAGGUCAAACGAGUCAAAUGCACAUGAGAUUCGAGUGACAAUUCCCAUCAUAGCAAAAGUUAAUUGCGGAAAUUGACUGGGUGUUAGAAAGACCAAAAAAAAUCUGUAAGAAGCACAUCUAAAGGAGCAUUAAGGUGUGCUUUCCAACUGGAAGAAACAAAAGAAGAUUCGCCAAAGAUUGUAAUCAGGAUAAAUACACAGAGAAAUGUCUACAGCAACACUGAGUGCUUCAACGUCUAGUCAGGCGUCUUCGCUGGGAAGUAGGAAGCGACCCAGAGAGGCGUCCUUCUCACCUACAAUCGAUCAAGGGCUACAGCAAGCACUGUCGUCCAAACUCAAUGUGCACAUAGAGGAGAGCGCCUCGCAUAGUGGGCCAUCAACGAGUUCUGGUACCACGCAACAGAAUGGAAGCCAUCAACAGGGAAUGAUUGAGGAGGCUUCUGGGAACAGAAUUGAGCAUAUGACAAUUUGCAAACCGGCUCCCUUCUCAACGGAUCCCGAAGCAUGUCUUGAACGAGAUAUGUGUGACUACACGGUGAAGAUAUCCUACGCCGUGGCACGAAGUGGCAAGGCACCACGACGUGUACGGGUGUACGCCGAUGGCAUUUAUGAUCUCUUCCAUCAGGGACACGCGAGGCAGUUGAUGCAGGCUAAGAAUGUCUUUCCCAAUGUCUACCUCAUUGUAGGUGUCUGUAGUGAUGAGUUGACGCAUAGUCGAAAGGGACGUACCGUCAUGAAUGAGAGAGAACGUUAUGAAGCCAUUAGGCAUUGUCGCUACGUAGAUGAGAUUAUCACAGAAGCUCCAUGGGAGCUGUCUGAUGAAUAUUUGAGGAAGCACAAGAUUGAUUUUGUGGCUCACGAUGAGAUUCCAUAUUGCGGUGAAGAUGGUGCUGAUAUCUAUGCACCCCUAAAGCGUGCUGGGAUGUUUGUGGCAACAGAAAGGACUGAGGGUGUGUCCACAUCGGAUAUUGUGGCGCGUAUUGUGAAAGACUACGAUAUAUAUGUGCGUCGGAAUUUAGCACGUGGCUAUUCGGCCAAGGAUCUCAAUGUGUCCUUCUUGAAAGAGAAGAAAUUCCGGCUGCAGAAUAAAAUGGAUGAGCUCAAGGGGAAGGCGAAGGAGGUGAAAGUUGACCUCUUGAGAUCAUGGGAGGAGAAGUCUCGGGAUUUCAUUGAAACCUUCUUACUAAUGUUUGGGCGUGAACGCCUAUCGAACAUAUGGAAUGAGUCAAAGGGACGUAUAAUGCAGGCAUUUAGCCCACCCGGGAGCCCCGAUGGGUCUGUCAAUGGGGAUGAUGAGGAGGAUCCCGAACAGGGAAGUGAUUCCCUGCCAAAUUCACCACCGACUAAGAAGCGUACAAAGCACUUGUACCAUCAUCGCAAUGAGUACUCAGACUCAGAGGACGGCAUCGAGGGACAUUAGUUUUAAUCUCAUCGUCUCACAGCAUAUACACCCCCCCCCCCAUGUAUUGACACUAAAUGUCUCGGUCAUUUUCUCAUUUUAUCCACCCUCGGGGAUGAUUUUCUCCUACCCAUUGAGACACACUACAUACGUUCAUUUCACGCAGUGUCCAACACGUGCACAAAUCGCUGCGGCUCAACCCAAAAUUAAGCUUCUUUAUUCGUUACACAAAUUCUCGUUUAGGAUGUAAACUGCUUACAAUAUGAAGAAAAUAAACUUAUUUAAGAGCAACGCAGAACAUUAAAUGAAACAGUAAUUACAGAAAAAAAAAACUUAGAAAAGGGGUUGUUUCAAAGCAGAAAUUAAAUUGGAAAACUUUUCUUGUGGAAUUCUUGAACGUUUUUUUAUCUUAUAGGUAAUGGCAAAAUAAUUUCCAGGAGACCACAAUGAGAAAGAUUUCCUUAGCUUUAAUUUGUGUAUUUUUGGUACAUCCUCUUUUUUUUUCAUUAGACUAUAAGUGAAAUAAUUUGAAAACAUAGAAAUUUUUAUAGAGCUACAUCAAAAGCUAAAAGUAAUGAGUUUAGCUGAAAUAAAAAAAGACAUUCUAAAAUAGAGCGAGUGAGUUUGUGCUAAACGAUAGCGUGAGACAAUGGAGAUGACGCGUAUUUGUUGAAUAAACUUUUGUGUUUGUAUUUAGUGCAACAAGUUCCGAGUUGGAUAAAUUAAAUUGUCUUUAUAGAUACAACAAAUAUGAUUCCUCUUUUUUGUAUAGGUUUUAAAUAUUUUAUAUUGAUAAGAGAAGAAGAUAAUUUAUUGAUGUUCCCAAGGAGAAGAAAAAGGAGAUUUUUGCUACAAGUUAACACUUUGCCUCAGAGAACUUUCCAAAUUACGAAGAAGUUCAAAAAAUGAAAAGGAAUCAGAACUGAAAUUUGCGAAAAUUUAGCCAACCAUCCGGUCGUCCCUUCUGGCUCCAUUUGAUAAAUCCAUGGGGAGAUAAAUUGAGGCCUUCAUGAGGAGAAAAAAGGGUCAGUUCGCACACUGAAUUGACUAAUGUAAUUCAAUUCAUGUGAUUGGAAAUCUCUUGAAAUUUUUGUAAUAAUCACAAAAAUUAUUGCUACAAAAAAAAAUGUUAAAUGCAAAAAUGCUUCAUGAAGAAAAUAUGUUUAAAAGAGUCAAGCAGAAAAUAAAAUAUUUUCCCAGAAUUUUUUUUUUUACAUUUUUUUCUGCGUCCAUUUGCAAAAUUGUACGUCCCAUGGAGCAAUUAUUCGAUUUUGUUUGUUCAGAUGAAAAGAAAUGAAAACACACCCAUAGUCCACCACAGGUCUGUGCAAGAAAUAAUUAUAACCUACCGCACCAAUUCACAGAGAUAUAAUUUCAUAUAUGAUACUGUAGUGAGGCUAAAUGCAGUGAAUUUUAGACAGUAGCAAAAUACAUUUAAUAAUAAAAAAAAUUGUUUUUAGAAAAUUAUAAAUAUAUUAUAACUGCAUAAAAUAUUUAGAAAAGUUUAUAUAAUCCCAAUAGGUUUAUUUAAAGAAAAUAAAAGGAUUUAUCUCCAGUGAA